AUGACAUCCAAAGACACGUCUCUCUACGGCAUUCAACGCCCCAAGCAUGGAUCAAGCCAAAAAGACAUCACCUCCUCCUCCACACUAGCUUUUACAUCACAACUCUCAUCCCUGAUAUCCAAAGAUGUCGCCUCCACUAGAUCCUCAUCCACGUCGAACCCUACCAAAGAUAGCGACUAUAAAUUCGCACGAGGCCGCGCCCGACCAUCAAAAAGCUCCAAACCAGAUUUGUUUGCUGUCCACAACAAAGGAACCCUCAAACGCGCCGCGAAAGACGAAGCAGCCGGCGAAGAAUACGAUGCGUUCAGUACCAGAACAUCGAAACAAAUACAUCAAAACAGUGAUACUAUCGGCACGGUCGAUGCAUUUACCCUACAACGGUCGAAGCGACGCAUGGAAGAGAAAGCGGAUUUGUAUAAGAAUUUACGGAAGGGACAUCACCUCGCGGAUGGGAGUAGUUCUGACGAGGCGGAAGGCGGUGAUGGGGAUGCAUAUAUGUCGAGAUUGAGACGGAAAGAAAGAAACGCGCUUGUUGAUUUUGAUCGGAAAUGGGCAGAGGAUGAAGAAAAGCAAGCUCUAGACAAAGAUGAAGAUGACGAUGAUGAUAAUGAUGAUGGGAUCGGACCGAUGGUUGAUUAUGAGGAUGAAUUUGGGCGUACACGGCGCGGCACAAGAGCUGAAGCCGCGCAGGCAGCGCGACUCAGACGGCAGGCCCAAGGCUCUACAGCUGUUAGUGAAGAAGAUCGCUCUAGACCAUCGCGGCCCACGAACCUGAUUUAUGGCGAGACUGUGCAAACGUACGCAUUCAAUCCGGAUGCUGCCAUAGCGUCACAAAUGGCGUAUCUGGCCUCUAAACGAGAUCGAUCUGCUACGCCGCCUGAGAGUCUUCACUACGACGCAGAGGCUGAAGUACGGACGCGCGGAACGGGGUUCUAUAAGUUCUCAAAAGAUGGCAAGGAGCGUGAGCAGGAAAUGCAUGAUUUGCUUAAUGUUCGGGUAGAGACGGAAAGGGAAAGAGAAGAACGCGGACGUCGGAAGGUUGAGCGGGAUCGUGUAAAGGAUGAGAGAAGAGCGAAGAUUAGGGAGCUGAGAGGGAAACGGCAGGCGGAUAAGUUUUUGGAUGGGUUGGGGGUUCCUGUUUAG